AUGCUCAUCGGGACAAACGUCCCAGGAGCGAAGAAACUGGAGAACCUCUCAACCAAACUACUACUUGCCAGCUCUUCGGAGACAGCACUCGCCCUUGCCCAAGGUCUACUGCUCCCUGUGGAUAUGCAGAAGGAGUCUGAAGCUACUCCUGAUCGGCUUGUCGCCACUGGACUUGUCAGUGGUAUUAAGUUCAUCCAAAAGAUGGUCUCGUUGGGCCAAAAGUUUGAAGAUGCUGAUAAUGAGAGGAUCACAUUGCUGAACAACAAUACCAGACUGCUUCGUACGAUUACUAGACUUGAAAGGGAAAGAGACAAAGCCAAAGCAGACUUCGUUGAGGCCAAAAACAAACUUGGAGCUGCUGAGGAGGGGCUCAAUCAGGCACUGUUGGAGAUCGAUAACACCAAAAAAGCAUCAUAUGAAGAUGGCUACCAGAAGGGCUAUGAUGCCACAACUGCCAGUUACGUUUUUCUGAUAAGCCUGAAGAAGCUGUUGAAGAUGGGGAAGCUGGCGGCGUGGCUUUUUGCAAAAUCGAUGGUGAACUCGACUGUAGAGUGGCCAACAGUGAACCUGGAGAAGCCUCCGUUGCGACUGACAGGGAAUCUAGCCUGGCGAGUUGUUGAAACGGAUUCUGAAGACGUUCCCAAGUUGGGGUGUCUACAUUCUGGUUAUUACCGGAGAUUUAUAAGAGAUUAUGGCAAAAUUUGUCAACCUUUGAAUGUCUUGCUCAAAAAGGGUGCUUUUGGUUGGACUGCAGAAGCUGACCAUGCUUUUAUUCAGCUCAAAACUGCCAUGACCAUAGCUCUAGUGUUGACAUUGCCGAAUUAUGCCAAGCCUUUUAUGUUAGAAUGUGAUGCUUCUGGUAAGGGAGUAGGGGCAGUAUUAAUGCAGGAGGGCAGGUCUAUUGCAUUCUACAGCAAGGCUUUAUCUCCUACAUGGUUGGGUCUUUCCACUUAUGAGAAAGAGCUUUUGGCAGUAGUGAUGUCAGUUACCAAAUGGAGACACUUUUUGCUAGGAAGGCAAUUUAUUAUCAAGACAGAUCAUCAAAGCCUCAAAUUCCUUUUAGAACAACGAGUUACUACUCCCAUGCAACAGAAGUGGUUAUCCAAAUUAAUGGGAUUUGAUUAUGAAAUUGUCUACAAAUUAGGCAAAACCAAUGUGGCAGCAGAUGCUCUUUCCAGAAUGAAGGAAGAUGUCCAGUUCGUACCAGAUUUUCAGGGGACCCUUGCUACGAUGACAGUAGUACUUAAUUUGUCAAUAGGUAAGGGAGCUUCAAGCCAGCUGGGAGCAAGACCCUGA